AUGGAUGCUGAGAAAGAUGUUGCGGCGGGCAGUGAAGAUAAAGAAGAAGAGCAACAUGAAACAGAAGAAUUAGCUGAUGAGAUGGAAGGUGAAGAUGCGCUGGCUGAGGUCGAGGUUGAUGAAAAGACUGAAGACGUGGAAGAAGGGCAACAGAAAGAGAACAACGGUGAUGAUGAUAUCAUCAGUAUCGCAUCCAGUGAUUUGUCAAUGGCUGAUGAGGCGUGUGAGAACUCUGACGAGGAGGAGAUGGAGCAAAGUGAUGAUAUAGUUGAAGACGUUGCUGUCCAAGAUUUUGAUCCUGAUUCGUUGCAACUUAUACCUCCACAGCACAUACGUGCGCCUUGGUUCAAACAUGCAGUGGCUGAGUGCGAUGCGAAGAAUUGGGAAAUUUUCGUAGAGGCCAUUGAAGCCUUCGAUCACGAAUCCAUAUUUGAGGGAAUAGAUGAUUUCAUCGUAACGGUAGAGACGUUACUUCCACAUCUGCCAUCAUGUUUUGUUACUCUUGUUAAAGGUAAUGUGUUGUCUGAAAAAGAAGCAGCUUCAAAGAUCAUGGUGUGGUUGGAAGUUUGUCUCAGUAAGGAAGUGCAAGCUUUGAAUGAGGCUAAAAAGAUGCACGAUAUUGCUUUCGGAAUUUUGAAGGCGGUAUGCGAUUCGUCGAAAGGCAGUGUUAUAGGGAAAUGUGUAGUUGAGUCUGGACUCAUGGAACUUCUGCUAGAUGUCAUAGAAGAGUCUGAGGGUUCUGAAUUGCGGAUGAGAGCUCUGCUCUCUAUUUUCCAUUUGAUAUCAUCGCCAGCGCUUUGGCGCAUCUCGAACGAUCAUUUUCGUUGUGGAAAUCUGGGCAGUCAAAAGCGAACCCUUUAUUCAAGACUCGUUGCCUUAUCUCUUGGACAUCGUUUUUUCAUAGGCAAAAGCUUUAUGCAUCGAUUGACUCUCGUGUUGUCGUGGUCACGCUUUGACUCUGCUCUUUCAAGACUGGAGAGUUGCUCAGCAGAUAUGCUAGAUGCGGUGCACCUUGUAUCCAGCGUCGGAGAUUUACCGGCACAGCAAUUAUCGCAGAAUUGGGAUGAAUUCAUUCUCAGUUUCAAUGCUCUUCGAGAAUAUAUCUCUGAAUUCGAUGACGAAAAGGUCUGCGCUGUGUUCGAUGUUUAUGGCCUUCUGCAGUCAAGCGGUUUUCUCGGAAUUUGUACGCGCCUGCUUACUAUGUCAAGAGUGGUUGACAGAUUUCCAAAUGCUCUGCAUUUUAUUGAGUUCCUCUUGAAUGAUAAAUAUUACGGAACGCUCUUUAUCGUUCAUGAUGCGGAGCUGGUUCCACUGCUUGCAGAACUCAAAUUACUUGCGCAAGCUGAAAGCACAAGUGAAAACACCGCGUUCGAAAACUUCGAUGAGGGUGUUUGUGAAAUGGACCAGAAAUUUCCAAGCGCCACUGAGAUACGUUUGAAGAUUGUCUAUCGCCUCCAUGUGCUACAUCUGCUUGACAAGCUUCGCAGCUGUGCUGGAACUUUGCGUCACAAUAUUGAUGACGAAACCCGAUUAUCAGCUUUGAUGUCGUUAUGUGAGCUUUGCAAUGAUACCAACGGAAGAGGACAACGUGAAAUUCUUUGGGCAUUAGCUCAAAAAUACAUUUACUACAUAAUGGAUAUCAUUGAAUACGCCGCUGCCCAUAGUAGUCUCCGUUCUUCGCCAUCUUUUAUUCUUUCACUUCAUCUUCUGGCGCUUGUAGUCGCAAAGGUUGACGACCCACACUUUUGGCUUCGAAACGCUAGGCCAUUUUCUCGACUUGUAUCAGCAAAAGGAGGUAUCACUUCUAGCAUGCACAAGAAGCUGAAUGACUAUCUUUCUCCGUUCACAGAGCCAUUACUGCACAAUUUGGGAGCUGCAGGAUCAGACGUUACUAGCUGUCUCAUUAAACAGAUGAAAACUGCGUUCGAGCGCCGAAAUGAGAUUACACCAGUGCUCAGUACAAGUGUUCGCGUAUUGGAAGCUGUGUUGAUGAACGCUAGCAAAUCAACUCUUUUGGAGUUAUUCCAUACCAUGGAACAAGAUGGUUCGCUAGAUUCUUUGGCUCAGUGGCUCUUCGGACUCGCUCAAAAUCGUCAUGCAAUGUGGCAGAUGGGUGAACCAGCAUCGAGUGGAGCCUCAAAAAGUUUCCACAUAUUUGCGUUUCCUGUGCUGCGCAUAUUCGCCUCUUAUAUGAAAACUUGUAAUAACCUUGGUGGAAGCUCAGUCAAGUUGCGAACACUCAGUGAAGUGAUGAUGGACGCACUUUUCCUUAUGUGGAGCUCAGCAGGUGGAAUGAAUGGACAGAGGUUCACUCCUGAAUGCCGCAAAAUCCGGCUAGCUGUUCUAGAUGUUCUCGCUCCUGCUCUAUUUCAUGAGAAAUCAUUGGCGGAAGUUAUACGUCACAUACUGUUGCGGAGUUGUUCUCGUCCUCAUCUUUACGCCGCAGCCCUCAGUUUGCUUAUUUGUCUAGCUCCUUGGGCUCCUCCAUUAGUGAUUGCAAAGAGCGAAUUGCCAUCAUGGAAAGAUGUAGUCAUUGGACAUCGUCAGCGUGUAAACAGAUUUGUUCGUGCUUUCUCGUCUUGUGAGAGCAGAAAUGACUUCGCUGAGGUUCUUCUUUCGUCCUCUCCAUACAUUUCUGAGUUGGCUUUGAAGUUUGUCGAUCGAAUGUCUUGCCUUGAUCGGCGUCUGGCUCGAGAUCUUGCAGAAAAUUUGAUGGAUUACAUCAUUGCAUCUUUCAACCUGAGACAUACCGUUGUGAAGAAAAAAGAGAAUUCCGUGACGACGCCUACCGGCUCUGUAAAUGGCGAUUCGUUAGUGGAAAAUGAGGAAACUCGGCCGGCAUCAACCCGAAUGGUUCGGUUGCUGGAAUCACUUGUACAUUUAUGCAAAGCUGAACGGUUCCGCGUGGUUUUGUACGAGUUUUUGAGCCAUUAUCCGAGUCGCGCUAGGCUUUUGGUUCCUAUAUUGGUUCAGUUCGAGAAGCCUACAUUUGAAAGUGAGCGGCAAUCGCGAUUCCAGAAUGCAGUUCUGGAUCUGAUUUCUGGCUUAUACUGUCCCUCGUUAUGGAGCAGUGAAUUUGACGUGGAGUUCUCUGAUUGUGAAGAAUGCCCCUUGGCUGACUCGAAUGAGAGCUCAGCCUUAACAGGAUUUCCUGUGGAGUCUUUGAAAAAAGAGGAAGAACAAGGAAAAGUGAGCCGCUCUGCAUCCGUAGAGGUUAUUGAAGAUGAUACCGAUGACUUGGUAACUGCUCUGGAGUUGGUUGAAGAAACUGAUAACGAUCGUCAUGUGACAAGUACAUUGGAGGCGAUUGUGUCUUCGCUUUGUGUUUUCGUGAACACUCCUGAUCAAAAGAUCGCUGCAGUUAGUCGAGCUGUUGAAAUACUGUCCAAAGCAUCGUCCGCCGCCUUAGAAGAGCAGAACGGACCUUUCACUCAAGUGAUUCGCGAAUGUAUUCGACGUGCUGGUGUUCGUCCAUUACUCGACAGAAUGGAUAAGCUAUUUGGAACGGCAGAUGUGAUAGCUUGCCUUCUGACUUUGGCGACCACCCUUGAUUCACUUUUUGGCGAACAGGUGGAAAUUUUGCGCAAAGUUCUCGAAUAUUCUUCAUCCGAACACCCGUUGGCAUCCAUAAUAAUCAAAAUCGACGAAAUGAAGGAGCAAGAUGCCUCAUCCAAGUGUCUAGUUAAGAUUUUGGACAAGUUCUUCGAAUCUCUCAGUGGUUGUGCGACGCAGGAUGAAGCUGCAAAAGAUGAAAAAGACAUGAUGAAAAUCCCAGUCAUGUACGGUAGAAGUGCGGCUGUAGCCAAGCUGUACCGUUGUCCAAUAGUGGAAGUAGUUGAAGGAACUCGAGAAGUAUACAAAAGAAUUAAAGCAGCAUCGAGUGUUUUGGUAAAACGUCAGAAGACAGUUGGAACACGAAUGGGUACCGAGGUGUCAAAGAUCAUCGAUGCCAAUAGAGGCAAAGAAAAGGCAGUGCUGAAGCUGCUGCGAAGAGAGUUGGAAAUUCGGUGGGUUUUGCCCUUGCAUCAUGGAAUCGCUUGCGUCUCGCAGCAGCUCGCGUAA